AUGCCGAGCGCCGGCGGCGGCGGCGCGGACCGUGAGGUUGUACUUGAGGCUGCCGCCGGUGGCUUCGGUGAGGACCGCCUUUGGAGGACACGCGCCUUUGGGAUGGACUUGUCGCAGACGAAGCGGACGACCAUCGAGCGGCCCGCUGCGCCCCCCGGGCUCGAUCCGAAUCCGCAGCGUGUCGUCCCCAGCGGCGGUGUUGCGCGGGAGGCGGCCGCGGGCACGCUGGGCUCGAUCAGCGGCUUCCCUCAGUUGCUCCGUCCGAAGCGGACGUUCUUCGUUAUUACGCACGUCUUGGCACCAGCUGAAGGCUUGCACGGCCCACAUCGCCGGAUUCGUGCACGGUAUUCGGAUUUUGGCUAUUUGCUCGUGUGGGGGUAUAUCGCAGAUUUGCCAAUGGCCUUGAGCGAGUACGAGCUCGAGCGAGAGCGCAACAUCGCCGCGAACAAACGUCACCUUGCCUCGCUCGGCCUCGACGGCCCUUUUUUCCCGCCAACCAAGCGAGCGGCCGUCAGGAGGCAGAGGCCGUCGGCCGAUCCGGACUGGUUGCCGCGACGGAGCGGGCGACGGGGAUCGCGCAACGAACCAAGUGACGACUCGGCGAGCGGCGACGAGGCGAGUGGCGAGGAGGCGAGUGGCGACGAGAGCGACGGCGACGACAUUCCCAAGCCGGUCCGCGCCACCAAAAAGCCGCCGCCGAAGCCCACUCCCCAGCCAGUGAGGGAGAGCACCCCUGCGCCUGCCAUUGUCAUCGAGGCCGCAAAAACUGGGCGCAGCAAGUGCCGCCGUUGCCUCGAGCCGAUCCAGCAGGGAGAGAAGCGGGUGGGGAUGGAGUCGUGGAUGGUGGGGCGGCAGGUGAUGGUCUGGCAGCACCCAGCGUGCUUCCUGGACGGCGUCGCCAUUUCCACCGAGACGAGCGGCCGCGGCAAGUGCAAGCUCACAAAGGCGCCGUUCGUGGCUGGCGAGCGCCGCAUCUCGUGCACAGCGCACACCACGACUUCCAACUUCAAGCUCGCCGCGGUCGCGCCCUCGCUCCGCGCGCUGCUCGCGCUGGUGCCCGGCCGCAAGCUCGAGCACAUCGAGGGUUACGGCCUGCUCGACGCCGAAGAGGCGGCGCUACUGAAGCAGGCCGGCGGGAAUGAGGAGGUCGCGGCUGUCCCCGCGGUGGGCGCGACGCCGGAGCAGACAGAGGCGGUGGAGGCUGGGCCUGCGGCGGCUCAAGGCGGCUCCCAGCCCAAGAAGGGGGCGGUGUCGAGAGCCAAGGGCCGGGUCGCGUGGCGCUUCGCCGGCCAUGUGUGCUUUGGUACCCUGCUGCCUGCGCAGGAGACAAAGACGCACUGCUACGCGCGGACGCACAAGGGCAACACCAAGACCCUCACCAAGGGAGGCGCCUCCUGGUGGCUGGUCUAG